CAACUGAACGGAAUCGUACGCUGAGUUUCAGGAAGCAGUCAGUCAGCUGAUCUCUGUUUUUCUGCUGCGCAACACGCACCGGAGCCCGAAUAACAACCCGCACACAGGUGGGAGACUCUAGAAAGAAGACAUGUCGGUGACAGUGAAGGCUUAUCUCCUCGGAAAAGAGGACUGUCACAAAGAGAUCCGUCGCUUCGCCAUCGAUCACGACGUGUCCUCAAGUUUCGAGUACUUGAGUCGCAAACUGGUCGAUGUUUUCUCAAACCUCCAAAAUGUCGCUUUCCAAACGUACUACAAAGAUGAGGAUGACGAUAUGAUUGCCUUUUCUUCUGACGAUGAGCUUAUGAUGGGCCUGACUAUGGUGAAGGACGCUACCUUCCGCAUUUUCAUCAAGGAAAAAAAGGAGCACAAGCGUGACUUCCCACAUUAUAUGGACCAAGGGUUUGCUGUCCAUCCUCCAGGACCCCAUCACAUGGGUCCUCCAGGACCCCAUCACAUGGGUCCUCCAGGACCCCAUCACAUGGGUCCUCCAGGACACCCUACUAUGUGUCCACCUCCUCAUCACCCAUCAUCCCUGGUUCACCUUGGUGUGACUUGUGAUGGUUGUGAGGGACAAGUGGCUGGGACCCGCUUCAAGUGCACUGUGUGCCCCAAUUAUGACCUGUGCGCCACCUGCCAGGCCAAGGGCCUCCACAAGGAACAUGCACUCCUGCCCAUUUUUCACCCCAUGGCCAAUAUGUAUGAGUGGCUACCCCGUGGCAAACUUUUGCGCAAGAUGAGGCACUGCAUGUGGGCUGGGGCCCAGGCUCAGGCUCAUGCGCAGGCUCAGGCUCAAAACCAGGCCCAGCCUGGUUCAUCUGGUGGCCAGCCCAGCUCCCAGCAGGCUAACUCUCAGGAAUCCCAAGCUCAAACUGAAGCCUCAUGUGCCCAGACCAAUAUGGAGUACCUGAAGAACAUUGGAGAAGGUGUGGCUGCCUUGCUAAGCCCCCUUGGCAUUGAUGUGGACAUUGAUGUAGAACACGAGGGCAAGAAGGCCAAAGUGACACCAACUCCUCCUGUAUCAAGUGGACCCCCUAGUGGCCGGAGUGAUAGUAGCUCUGGAGGAAUUUCCAAGGGGGCAGCCGGAAGUCCAAGCAGUGUAGGGAGUACAGGUGAUGGGGCAAAGAUGGUUUUGCUGGACCAAAAGGAAAAAAGUAAUGAUGAGGAGUGGACCCAUCUGAGCUCAAAGGAAGUGGACCCAUCAACAGGUGAGCUCCAGUCACUGAGGAUGGAGGUGGAUGGAGCAAAUGAUAACCCUAGUCCUCGCAGCCACAGCUCCACUUUAAACCAAGGACCUAGUGGUCUACGUGAGGCUGCCCUCUAUCCACAUCUGCCUCAAGACGCAGACCCUCGGCUGGUGGAAUCUCUGUCCCAGAUGCUGUCCAUGGGCUUUUCAGAUGAAGGUGGAUGGCUGACCAGGCUGCUCCACACUAAGAAUUACGACAUUGGAGCUGCUCUGGACACCAUCCAGUAUGCCAAAGCCCCAGGUCAACGGAAAUGAAGCAUCAGCAAGGGCUUCAAAAAAUGGGGGUUACAUAUAAUUAAUCAUUUUGAAAACCCCAUGCUAGUCCAUUUCUAAUCUUGCCUACCUUUUCUAAAUGUGUAACAAUUUCAUUUCAUAAUGCUGACAAUAUAAAUUACUCAGGCAUUUUUAAUAAUACAGAUUUCUAUUUUACUCAACUUUAUUGAGAAGAUACAUGGAAAUUAAUCUGGAAAUUAACAUAAGUCUACUUUCUUUCAUAUACUGGGUCUAUCAUUUAACAUUUAGCACAAAAUAAUUUACAUUUACUUUCAAAACUGGUAAACUUUAAGAAAUGUCUAUGAACAUAUUUCUACUUCUACAUGAUAUUCGUUGUUCUGUAAAGAAUAGCAGUAGAGUGUAUUUGUAGUCAGAAUGAAAAAGAAUGGUUAUAUUGUUAUAUACACUUUCCUGCCUGGUCUGUCAAAUAAAUUAUUAGCAAAACUCUCA